CAGACUGCAGUAAAACUCAAUCGUGUGUUUAAAGUUAGAGUUAGGAUGUAAGUUUGACUGCGAGAAAUCACUUUUUAUGCAGAUUGGCUGAAUCCGUUGCAUGGUCAAAGGAAGAAUGAAGAUUCUAGGAUCAGACUGCUAUAUCUCAACCAUUCUUCAUGAAUUCUUCAACAUUACCUGGAGAUCAUGAUGAAGAAAAACAAGCCAAAGGACUUAAAGGCAGAAAGUAUGUCCUGAACGAACUUGUUCAAACAGAGAAAAUUUAUGUUAAAGACUUGAGAGCUGUGGUGGAGGGUUACAUGAAAAAAAUGGAAGAGAAAGGAAUUCCUGAUGACAUGAAAGGAAAAGACAAGAUCAUUUUUGGAAAUCUUCAACAGAUCUACGACUGGCACAACAAUUAUUUUGCAGGGCAAUUGGAUGAAUGUCUUCAGGAGCCAGAGUAUUUGGCAAAGCUCUUCAUCAAGCAUGAAAGACGCUUAGACAUGUAUGCGGUGUACUGUCAAAACAAGCCAAAAUCUGAGCAUAUUGUGGUUGAAUAUGAUGCCUAUUUUGAGGAGGUAAAACUGGAUUUGGGUGAAACGUUUAGCUUGAGUGACUACCUCAUCAAACCUGUUCAGAGGAUAACCAAGUAUCAGCUACUACUCAAGGACUUCCUUAAGUACAGUGAACAAGCUGGCCUCGAAUGUUCAGAGAUUGCGAAAGCAGUUGAUGUGAUGUAUCAGGUACCAAAACGUUGCAAUGAUAUGAUGAAUUUGGGAAGACUUGAAGGUUUUAAGGGCAAACUCACAGCACAGGGGAAACUGCUGCAACAAGAUACAUUCCUCGUGACAGAACAAGUUUCUGGAGUUCUGUCCCGAAGUAAGGAAAGACGCGUUUUCCUCUUUGAGCAGAUUUUAAUCUUUAGUGAACUACUCAAGAAGGGUUCCUCAAGACCAAUGUAUCAAUUCAAGAACAGCAUUAAGGUGAAUGCGCUAAAUAUUGAGGAUAACGUGGACAAUGAAUCAUGCAAGUUUGCUCUGAGAUCCCAUGGAACCUCUGAACGGUACAUCUUACAGGCGCCAAAUACUGAAAUCUGGCAAGCUUGGGUUGGUGACAUCAACCAAGCACUCAAGAUGCAACGAAAUUUUUUGAACGCCUUACAAUCACCAAUUGAUUACCAGAAGAAGGAACUUGGUCCCCAAUUUUUCAGAAGCAGGACAGAAACAAGAAGACUGUCCCAACCCGCCCCUGGGCCAGAUACUGCCAAUGAGACUACAGGCUGCAAUGAGUAAUAACAGCAUGGAGCCAAAAUGAGCAAUACAAGGGACCUGCAAAUAGCAAGGAAGCCCUUCAACUUAACUUCAUACUGAAAACAUAUCACAUAUCAAUAAUUAAAAUAUGGUAAACAUUGUCCCCAUACUAGUAUCAUUUAUUAAGCUAAACAUAACCAGCCAUCAGACAAGUGAUACUCUUAUUAAGUCUAUGAUUAAUAGAGUACCUGAACUAAAUUAUGAAACAAUUUUAACAAUACAGUCAUUCACUUUCAAUGAUUUACAAUUCAUUGUAAAUCAUUGAUUCAGUUCUUUGCAUAGUCUAUUGAAUAUAUAAUAAAUAUCACUAAUUAAGAUGGCAUGGACCUGGGGGCUGGAUUUUCCUGAAUGAUGCAUUCAGUUAGUUGCAGGUUACUCCAAAUUGAUUGAAUAAUCCCCUCUUGCCUGGAUGGCUAUAGCUCCAAAAAACUUAAGAAGCUUAACACCAUCCAGGACAAAGCAGCCCACUUGAUUGGCACCACACUCACAAACAUUCAAUUCCUUUUACCACUGCCACUCAAUAAGCAGCUAUCUACAAAAUGUACUGCAAAAUUCACCAAGGCUGCUUAAACAGCACUUUCUAAACUCAUGGACACUACCAUCAAUAAGUACAAGGGCAGCAGUUACACAGAAACACUGGUACCUGCACGUUCCCCUCCAAGCCUUCACCAUUCAUACUUGGAAAUGUAUUGCCAUUCCUUCGCUGUCUUUGGGUCAAAUCCUGGAAUUCCCUCCUUAUUUCCAUUGUGGGUCUACCUAUGCCAAAUGAUUGCAGUGGUUUAAGAAGAUCGCUCACCGUCACCUUUUCAAGGGCAUCUAGGUAUGGGAAAUGAACGCUGGCCCAGCUCACAUCACAUGAGUGAAUAAAAACAGUAUUUUGCUAACAUAUAUAUUCUUUAAUGUUUAAUUCCCCUCUUAUUGUAGACAGUGAUACACAGAUGUUAACAAAAAGAUGAUUGAUCUUCUAUGGCAUUGCAAAGUAAUGUAAUACAUUGCAACCAAUGUAAUAAUCAGAUUAAGCAGUAUUAGAGGGCAGAACUGUAAUUGUUCCCAGUCAAGUAAGGGAGGGAUAAGAUGGAGUGAGGUGAGAAGAAUGAGAAAGUGUAAGAAAAGCCACCAGAACAGAAACAUGUAAGUACCUACACCAAAAGGAUUGCAGCAGUUCAGGAAUUCAGCUCACCACCAUUUUCUCAAGGGCAACUAGGGAUGGGUAAUAAUUGCUGGCCCAGCCAAAGAUGCCUACAUCCCAUGAAAGAAUAAAUGAUAAGGGUGAGAUUUGGGUGGGUGAAAUUAAGGGGAAAAAUAUUAGUUGUUAUUCAGUUAUGCACCCACGGGAAAAUAGCUAUUAUUCACUUACAAAACUGAGGUUGUUACAUCUUGAUCAAGAUCUGCUCUAUUAGGAGUCCUUUUAAAAGUAGACACCAAAGUAGAAUCAUUAUCUAUUAAAAGUUUACAGUGCUGCAUUUCCAAUUUAUUCUCAUAACAUUACAUUUGAGUGGCUAGGGAUAGCUGGAAUUGCACUUGUAAUACCUUUGUUGGAGUCCCACGAGGUUACUGCACAUCUGAUUCAGCUUACUGGUACUCAGCUGUUUUCAUUGGGAAUGAGGUGGUAAAAUGUUUUUUUUGAUCUACAAAUAUAACUAAAGUGCCAUCCAGUGGUCUGACUGAGUAAUCACAAGCUACAAAGAAUACACAGUUAUGAUUGUAACGGCCUGUCACAGCAUAAUUUUCACUAUUCCAUACUGCAUUGAAUAGGUCCCUUUUUUUUUGUUGGCUGUAGAUUUGGUGGAGUGGAAACUCCAAUGCGCUCUGUGUGAAGAGGGUCAAAUGUAACCACCAUUUAUGGGGAAGUUACAGAAGUUGUAAUAUUCCAGGCAGCCAUCCUCACACAGCUGAUCACUCUUUGUGACAACAAAUGAGACUGUUUUGAGUUUGAUGUAGUGAUAAUAACAUUGAUGAAUUGAUUGCUAUCGGAGUUCUUGCAUGUACCACAAUGAAUACUUCUGAAAACCGUUUGGGUGAAUUUUAAUUAUUAUUUUACAAUUUUAAUAUAAGAAGUAUUCGGUGCUAUGGUUGUCAUUAAGACAAUUAAUGUUUUGUUAAUUACAAAUUUCAACAUGUCAAAAUAUCUUCCAGCAUUCCAUAAUUAAACUGCUGUUGUUAAUAAAUCAAUAUAUAAACAUACUUGUACACGGCUUUGCUAUUAUAUGUGUAUAUAAUACAUGUGGAUAAAUAGACAAAUGAUGUAAUUGUCAACUUAUAUUAAACAGUUAUAGCUAGUUACCUGAAACGACGUAUGGAUUGGUUGAACAAAAGGUUUGAUCAGUGUGUUAUUUCAGCCAUUCUGUACUGUUGUGUUAUCCUUAAUUUCGUUAAAAGAAAAUGCUUCAGGCACAAAAUAUCAUUAUAU